UUGUCGGAGUGGAUUUCGUUGGAAGGGUUCGGGACUGUAGUGUGGUGACUCUUCUCGGUUCUGUUUUGUGCUGCUCGGUUCUGUUCGGUUCUGUUCAGCUGUGUGGUUCUAAGACCGUUUUAUUAGAUUUCAUUUCGGUGAGUUUCACGCUGUAACACAAAGGCGCUGUCCGACAGAUUUAGGUGUCUUUUAUGAAUAAUCAAAAGCAGCAAAAGCCAACGCUAACCGGCCAGCGUUUUAAAACACGGAAAAGAGAUGAAAAGGAGAGAUUUGACCCUACUCAGUUUCAAGAAAGUAUCGUGCAAGGCUUGAACCAAACUGGCACUGAUUUGGACGCGGUCGCGAAGUUCCUCGAUGCCUCUGGCGCUAAGCUCGACUAUCGCCGGUAUGCAGAGACGCUCUUCGACAUCCUGGUGGCCGGUGGAAUGCUGGGCCCAGGUGGGACCCUCUCUGAUGACAUGACCCGUACUGAGUACUGUCUCUUCACGGCAAAUGAAGACCUGGAGACAAUGCAAGCUUAUGCUCAGGUUUUUAACAAGCUGAUCAGGCGGUACAAGUACCUGGAGAAAGGGUUCGAAGAGGAGAUCAAGAAGCUGUUGCUGUUUUUAAAAGGCUUCACAGAAUCUGAGCGUAACAAGUUGGCCAUGCUGACGGGCAUCCUGCUGGCCAACGGGAACAUCUCCGCGUCCAUCCUGAACAGCCUCUUCAACGAGAACCUGGUGAAAGAAGGUGUUUCUGCUGCCUUCGCCGUCAAACUGUUUAAAUCCUGGAUCAACGAGAAGGACAUCAACUCUGUCGCCGGCAGUCUGCGUAAAGUCGGCAUGGACAACAGGCUCAUGGAGCUCUUUCCGGCUAACAAGCGGAGCUGCGAGCACUUCUCCAAAUACUUCACGGAUGCCGGGCUGAAGGAGCUCUCGGAUUUCGCCCGCAAUCAGCAGUCCAUCGGCGCUCGCAAAGAGCUGCAGAAAGAGCUGCAGGAGCAGAUGGCUCGUGGAGAGACCCUCAAAGAUAUGAGCGGAUAUGUGCGUGAGGAGAUGAAGAAGACCAGCAUCUCCGAGCAGACCAUGAUCGGCAUCGUAUGGACGAGUGUCAUGAGCUCCGUGGAGUGGAACAAGAAGGAGGAGCUCGUCACGGAGCAAGCCAUCAAACACUUGAAGCAAUACAGCCCACUGCUGAAAGCGUUCACGACACAGGGUCUGUCUGAACUCACUCUGCUCCUGAAGAUCCAGGAGUACUGCUACGACAACAUCCACUUCAUGAAGGCCUUCCAGAAGAUUGUGGUGCUUCUCUACAAAGCGGACGUUCUGAGCGAGGAAGCCAUUCUGAAGUGGUACACCGACGGGCACUUGACCAAAGGCAAGAGCGUCUUCCUGGAGCAGAUGAAGAAGUUUGUGGAGUGGCUGAAGAAUGCAGAGGAAGAGUCUGAAUCUGAUGAGGAGGAAGCAGACUGAUGCUUCAGCCACUGCCCAAUGCCCUGAAAGAUUGUUACAGAAAGAGAGAGAGAGAGCUUGUCUUUCAAAGUUUUACUUAACCCCCCCUCCUCCCCCUCACACUCUCCUUUUUUUUUUUUUUUUUUCACCUUUAUUUCCCUUCUUCAACCCUAACACUUUAGCUGUUUAAGGGCUUUGUAAUGGUUCAUUUUAAGAUUUGUUUUUGUAUCUAAAGGUUUACACUUUAAGCACUGAUGUGCAGCAGCAAACCAGAAAUUAUUUUUUCAGUAAUUUGACGAGUUCAACGUGAUCGCGCUCAAAUUAACAUUCCUUUUUCUUCUUAAAAUAUUGUGGUUAGAAUCUCGCACUCCCAUCAUGACUGAGUAAACAGAUGAGGCGGUUAAAGCCCUGCCCCUCCAUACAAACAUCACUAGCAUCAUAGUUUUCCCUUCCAGCGGGAGACAUGACGUCUGACUCCAUGUUUGAUUUCUCAUUUCUUUGAUCCUGGUUUUUUUUUUUUUUUUAAUAAAUAAAAAAGAGAAAUUAUCAA